AUGGCUACUGAAACCCUAGAUGCUCCCAAACCUCAACCACUGGCUCCCAAUGGAGAUGCUCCGACCAAAGCAGAAGCUGACCAACACGAAAUUCAAGAUGAAGAACAGCAACACGACAAGGAAAUUUCUGACGACUUUCCCGAGCAGAAAAACUGUGGCCAAUUAGAAGAGAAUGUGGAUCGUGAAGAAGAUGCAGAUGAAGAUGAAGAUGAAGAUGAAGAUGAAGAGGGUGAGAAGAAAGAAAAUGAUGUUGUUACACCAGUAAAGAGUGCAAGUGGGGGUAGACCUACCAGAGAAAGGAAAUCAGUAGAAAGAUACACUGUGUCCUCUCCACACAAGUUCCCUGGUUAUGCUGCUACUAAAACUAUCUCAAUCGACCAGGGCAACGGUACUCAGCUUAAGGACAUCCCAAACGUGGCUUUCAAGCUAUCAAAAAGAAAAGUCGAUGAUAACUUGCGUAGCCUUCAUAGUAUACUGUUUGCGAAGAAAGCAAAGGCACAAACUUUAAAGAGAAACAUUGGCAUGUUUUCUGGCUAUGUGUGGGCAGAAAAUGAGGAAAAACAGAGGGCCAAGGUAAAAGAGAGGCUUGACAAAUGUGUGAAAGAAAAGUUGAUUGACUUCUGUGAUGUGCUCAAUCUUCAAAUAAAUAAGUCCUCUUUGAAGAAGGAGGAACUGUCUGCAAAGCUGUUGGAGUUUUUGGAAUCCCCUCAUGCUACAACUGAUGUCUUGCUUGCUGAUAAAGAAAAGAAAGGUAAAAAGCGUGCCAAAAAGAAAACUCCAAGAAAAUCUUCUGGCGGUGCUGUUGAAAACCCUUCGAAGAAGCAAAAGCAAAGUUCAGAAAAUGGGAAAAAGCGAAAGCAGUCUUCUGACAGUGAGGAAGAUGAUACAGCCGAACCUUCAGAUGCAACAAUCAGUUCUCAGGAAGAUGAGGAAGAUGGUGAACAUGUUUCAGCCCCAAAAAGUGAAAGUGACUGUGAGGUUCAGGAAAGUCAAUCUGAUGAAGAGGAAAAUAAAAGCACUUCAGAGAAAACUGUGAAGGAGGAUCACUCUACACCAGUCAAGAAAUCCUCUCCUGAAAAGGCUGCCAAGAGCAAUGACAAAAUGCCAAAAAAAUCAACAUCUGCGUCCAAGAGACAGAAAACUGAUGGUGAAAGCAGGGAGAGUAAGCAAAAGAUUGCAAACAAAAAAGAAACUGGCAAAUCUUCAAAGUCAGUGUCUAAGGAUCAAGGACAAGACAACAUCAGUAAGAAAGCAAAUGCAGAACCUACUAAGGAGGAUAUGCAUGCAGUGGUUGUUGAUAUGUUGAAGGAAGUUGAUUUCAACACUGCAACUUUAUCUGAUAUCCUCAAGAAACUUGGUAUUCAUUUUGGAUUGGAUUUAAUGCAUAGAAAAGCUGAGGUAAAAGAUAUAAUUACAGAUGUAAUCAAUAACAUGUCUGACGAGGAAAAUGAAAAUGGAGAUGAUGAAGAUGAAGAUAAUGCAUGAUUAUACCUCAGAAAAUAAUCUUAAUUUUGUGCAGAAAACACAUGCAUGUGGUUUAUUUUACUGCUGGCUUUGCUGAUCUUAGGCUUUAGUAGAUUGUAUUUUGUGAUCCGUUUUCAUUAGUUAGGUUGAAUUGUGUCUUUUUUAGUUAGGCUAGAUUUAUUCCCUUUCCUUGUGUUUAUUAUGUAACCUGAAUAUU